AUGGCUGGGUCAAAUGGUUACUACAACUACAGGCAUCAGGUGUCAUCAUCAACAAGCCAAAGGGCCAUGACUGGAGGUAGUGGCAAGGUUCUGAAAAGUGGUCCAAAUGACCAUGUUUUCAUCUAUUAUGCAGAUGAUGGUUCUGCAGGAUUACUUGGGAUGCCUAGUGAGGAUGAUUCUGUUUCUGCUAAAGAUCUUAUACAUGUGCUAAAGAAGAAGCAUCUUUGUAAAGGUUUCAAAAGCAUGGUAAGAUCAAUAUCCAUUUCAAUAGCAAUUGAUAAGUAUCUAGCCUCUAGUUUACUAUCAAUCUUUGCUGAGUUUCAGUACUUUCUAAGGCUUUUAUGCAUCGAAGCUUGCGAGUCUGGGAGCAUAUUUGAGGGCCUCCAUCCAAAUAAAAUAAAUAUUUAUGCUACUACCGCACCAAAUGCAGAAGAGAGUAGUUGUGGGAACCAAAUUCUAGCAAAACCCUAG